CUCGGUUAUUUCUCCAAACACAGAAUAUAAAUUCAUUUUUGUUGAUAAAUAAAUAUUAGCGUUGUGUUGUUUUAAAAAUUUUGAUUAUUUGGUACAUUUGCAAAUUUAAAAAAAAAAAAUCUUUUUGUAAUUGUUAGAUAUUUUACUUCUCCGACAAUGUCAUUUACAUUGAAAAGUGGCCAGAAAAAUGAUGCUGGACCUGGUUUUGUUGGAAUAAAAUUUUGUCAGGAAUGUAACAACAUGUUGUACCCCAGAGAAGAUAAAGAAAAUAAAGUACUUCUUUAUGCAUGCAGAAAUUGUGACUAUCAAGAAGUUACCACCAACAACUGUAUAUAUGUAAACAAGAUUACACAUGAAGUAGAUGAGCUGACACAAAUUGUUUCUGAUGUAAUUCAUGAUCCAACGCUGCCAAGAACAGAGGACCACAUAUGCCCUAAAUGUAAUCACAAAGAAUCUGUAUUUUUCCAAGCUCAGAGCAGAAGGGCUGAGGAUGAAAUGAGAUUGUACUAUGUGUGUACAAAUCCAAAUUGUUGUCACAGAUGGACUGAAUAAAUGAUUGGAAGGUUGUUUUUUUAAAAUAUUAUUUUGUAAAUAAAAUUUUUUAUAGGAAA